CACUCCACCCCUACCCUCCACCCCACAACACUUCCUCUUGCCUGCCUGCCUGCCGCACAGUGGGACGAUAUAUAGAUAUUACGUACAUGUUGAUGACGAAAAUGAUAACGAUGAUGCUGAUGAUGGCGGUGAUGACGACGACGUCGACGACGAUGAUGAUGAUGAUGAUGAUGAUGACGAUGACGACGACGACGAUCAUGGACAUGUAGAGGACGAGGACGGAUGAAGCUGGGGAGAAAAAAUAAAAGUCACUAGAAAGAGAAAACGAUAUAAAGUGAAAGAGAGAGAGAAAGAGGCUGACAGGCAAGAAUAUACACACACGACGACGACGAAACAGCUUACCCAUCCAUACAUACCAACUGCCCUAAAGUAUAGUAGUCGAGAAAGAGACAAGACACACACACAUUUACUAAGAAGAGACACCGAGAAUGUAAACUUUUUUUUUUUUAUACAUACGCACAUAUAUAUAUAUAUAUAGAUAUGUAUAUCAAUGUUGUACGUACCAACGUAACACAUUCAUUAUUUUUGCCUGUAAAUUAUACAUCAUCGCAAACUCGCACACGCACACAUACACACGUCUUGUAAUAUUUUGAAGAUAUGUAUAUACAUAUAUGUGUAAUGUAUAAUACAUAUAUACAUUAAAAACAAACACACAAACAAAAAGCACCUGAGACAAUUUAGAAAAACGCACAUUCACAGUUGAGGGGAACCAGCAGAAGAAGAAAGUAAAGAAAGAAAGGAAAAAAAAAACACCAACAAAUUAUAAGUAAAUUUUCGUCGUUGUCAAAUGUGGCCUUUUUUUAUCGUCGAGUACAUGACAUUAAGUGAUCAGGAAUAGGUCAGAGAUGGUACUGCAAUUACGGUUGGGAUGUUGUCUCAGUUCUCUCCACCAAAGAGUCUUUCAUGGGCUUGCCAAGGCAGUAAUGGUCCCCAGUACUCUGACUGAAAUCCUCGACAUGCCGAUAUCCAGCCAGCAAUGAAGCCACUUGAGGCUAUACGUUGCACACUGCCAAAUUGUAUGUGUGAAUGUUUUGCCCCUGGAAAGUUGCACCUUAGAUCAUGUGACACAUGUAAGCAUGGAUGGGUCGCUCAUGCACUAGACAAACUUGGAUAUCAGCAUAUUUUCCACAUGGGUAUGCAGGUAGAAAUAGUUCAGCCAAAUAUAGUGUUUGAUAUUGCCAGUUUAAUGCUCUAUGGUGCACAGGCAACACCGAUUCGCCUCAAGAUCCUGUUGGAUCGACUUUUUAGUGUCCUGCAGCAUGAGGAGGUGCUUCAGGUGCUGCAUGGAUUCGGAUGGUCCUAUGAAGAUUAUGCUCGAGGAUAUAUCCUCCAGGAUCAACUGAGUACCAUAGGCGAAAACGAUGCAUCUGGCCGAGUUUUAGAUAAAUGGACCAUUGCCACUCGGGAAGAGGAACAUAUAAUAUUACAACAGUUUCUCCGAUUUGGAGAAACAAAAUCUAUUGCUCAGGAAAUCAUUCUUCAGGAUACUAAAGAGAAACAAGAGCUUUAUGUCAAGCAAACUUCUCGGGCUGAGUCUGAAAUCAAGAAAUUCAUUGAGAGGAGUAACCUAAGUAUGCAAAGCUACAUGCGUCCCUACGAAUCACGGCAUCUGUUCUCAAAUCGCAUGCCAUUCGUAUCCCACAGUAGUAACCGCCUUGUAGCACCGACUGCAAUACAGUAUACUGCCACUACACCCCCACGGGAUUUACGCCCCACAAGUAUGCCUCCCACUCCUGUACCUACAUCGAGUCCUGUUACCUCGUCCCCAUUAGGCCGUCUGCAAACCAUGUUGCCCAUUGAUUUUCGAAGGGAACGCUUAAGUCCUGCUGUUAGCCCAGGACUAUCAGAAAAACGUGCCUCUGUGCCACAGCUAUCACAACCACCUCUGCCACCACCACCACCACCACUACCUUCCCACGGUGAUGAAAGUCCCAAAAAUCUGAGUACUACCCCAACACCAACACCAACAUCCACAAGUCCUCCCCAGUUCCAGUCAAUGAAACCGCCAGAUAUAAUUGAAAAUUCUAAACAUGCGCCAUGCAUAAAUAUGCCAAAUAUUAGCCCAGUCAUUAUCUCCCAAGAAGAUUCACCUAUGAAUGCAAUAAAUUAUUCUACCAAAGACUGUGAAGAAUCAGCACUGUCUGUGUAUGCAGAUCGCAAAGUAAAACACCUCCGAAAGUCGGCUAAUCCAAUCAAACGUCAAUGGACUCCUUCGGCAUCAUUUGGAAGUACACUGAUUGCACCCAACGGCAAAAAGCGUGUUCUUUGCACAGCUUGCAAUAAAACUUUCUGUGAUAAAGGUGCUCUUAAAAUUCAUUACAGUGCAGUACAUCUGAAAGAGAUGCACAAAUGUACAGUUGAAGGCUGCAGUAUGAUGUUCAGUUCUCGUCGCAGUCGUAAUCGCCACAGUGCCAACCCUAACCCUAAGCUCCACAUGCCUCAAAAACGCAAACUCCCAGAAGGAGCUACUUUAGUAGCUGAGUCCAAACUCCCUUCGAGGCUCAUUAAUUCUCCUCCUACCAUGGUCGUUACUUCAUCUUAUCUCUCUAGAGCAGUGAUUCCCUCACUCGAUUCAAAUGUCCUCAACAGGAGUGAUCAGUCAUGCUUUGUAGAUGUGGGAAACAGCCUUUCAUAUAUGUCUUCUGGGAAAAAAAUAAAAAUGGAAAAUAACGAUGGAAGUAAUGAAGCCAUUGAUAUGACUGAUGAUGUGAAGUCGCUGGACGAUACAUUGAAACCAGAUGUAAGCAGCACACAGCGUGGCUUCAACAGAAGGAAAAGCUUGAUUCCUACCCGUUGUGCCCAGAUGGAAGAAAAUUACAGCAUGAGUGAUGAAAAUUCAAUCUCAGAUGAGAAAGAUGCAACUAAACACAACAAGAAAUGCUUAAAUGAUGCUGAGAAUGUAAAAUCUACAUCUAAUUCAGCUGCAGAUGAUGAACUGGAUGACAAAAUUGCAAUAAAAAAGGAAAUAGCUGAUGGAUGUUCUGUUCGGGAGAUUCCUGAAAAAUCUAUGUCUGGCAAGGUUUAUGACUCAGUCAUUCUCUCCAGUCACAGCGGUGUCAUUUGUGAUACAAACUGUAAUCCAAAACAAGAACCUAGGAAAGAAGCUUGCCACUUUCCUAGAAUUGCUUCCCUCUUAGCAAAUAAUAACACCAAUAACUCUUCAGAUCCAGUUGACCUCUCUCAAGAUAACUGCGAACGUAGCCCUUCUAAUUUGUCAUCUCUAAACAUGAGUCCUGGUUCAGAUCAUGAUUCAAAUGCCUCCCAAGCUUCCACUGACAUUGAAGGCCACUUGGCCAUUAGAGCCAAUGGUAGUCAUUCUCCAGAUUCUAACUCCAACAGUACAGAUAUUCCACUAGAUAAAGAUAAUCCUCGGAAGUGUAAUUUCUGUGGGAAAAUUCUCCAAAAUCAUUUUGACCUCAAAAUUCAUUAUCAAAGUGUCCAUUAUAAACUCAUGCACAAGUGCACUAUUGAUGGUUGCAAUGCUGUAUUCCCUUCAAAACGCAGCCGAGAUCGACACAGCACCAACCUGAACCUACACCACAAACUGUUGUCCACAUCUGAUACGGACCAGUUCCCAGAUGAUGAGGAAAUUGAAGAUGUGGAUGAAUUGGAUGAAGAUGACAUUGAUGAUGUUGAUGAUGAUGAUGAGGACAACAGUGAAGGAAUGAGAGGUGGAAACAAAGAAAAUAACCAAGUGAAAGAUCAUAUCAACCAAAAAUAUGACUCCCGCAUCUACAAUGAAAACAGUAAUCAUGGUAUUGGUGAUGAGGAUAGUAACCCAAACACAGUUAUUUGUAAUAAACGUAAAACUAUUUCCUCAGUGGGAAGUCACUCUAAUGAUAGUUUCAUUGGAAAUAACAGCAGAGACAGAGCUGAGGAGAACACCUUUUCUACCCGUAAUGGGGGUGAUGAAAGUGGGGCCGAGGAAGAAGAUGACGACGAUGACGAUGGGGGCGAUCACCUGCAAGACGAGGACAUCGAUGAUGAACUGAACAGUGCAGUCAGUUGUCACGUAUGCCAACAAAAAUUCCGUGACAACCUUGCUCUCAAAGAACAUAUUGAAACCCUUCAUCCAAAAGAGAUGUACUACUGUACAGUCUCAGGAUGUGACAAGAUUUUCUCGACCCGCAAGAGCCGAAAUAGGCACACACAGAACCAUAACCUACAUCGUCAUUUGUCGUCCAUGAAAACCAAUGGCUUAUCCUGACAGUUUGCCAAAGACCUAGUCCUUGAGAAGGAACCAUGAUACCUCACAGAAGAAUGCAGUGUUUUCAGUUGUCCUAAUUAAUCAUCUUUGACUACUUUCUAUUGAUUUAUGAUGAACUUGUUUUCAUAAAUCUAAGCUAUUGAUGGUGGUCAUAACCAUAGAAUGUAGCAAUUGUUGUCUUAUUUAUUUAGCCAUGUCAACAGUAUUUUUCAGAAGUACAUGAAUUUUCAGUUUAUUAUUUUUAAUAAUUUAUUUCUCCCCACUCCCUAUCUAUAAAUUCCUUUCUUUUUUUUUUUUGUUUUCCUAUUUUCUUGAGUUGUAUUGCAAUUAUAAUUAUUUUUAUUUAUUUAUUUAUCAUUGUUUUGCUCAGGUAUCAAUUAUUAUCUUAAAUUUGCCUUGUCUGCCAAUAGAAUUUUUAUUAUAUGCAUAUCAUUAUUUACAUUAUGGUUCACUGAGGUUGGGGUGAGAUUACCAAAAUGAUGGCCAUUUAUAAAAGAUUUUAAGUUUUAAAAAUCAUCUAGAAUUCAUCAUUGUCAUUUAUAAAUUAUAAAUGAAUGAGAAACAAAUAUUUUUAAUGCUGACUGCUUAGAAAGGGUUUUCUCAGUAGUCAUAAAAAAUUAUUCCGUCCUAGCCCAGAUAAGGAGAUUACUUCAAACCAAAAGAAGUACCUCUGGUGAGGUCAGUAGUUUUUGUAUUUACAAUGCUUAUUUACAUCAACAUGCAACUGUGUUUAUGUGCGUGUGUUCGUUUGCGCAAGUGAGUGUGUUUGUUUGUGUGUUUGUGUGUGUGUAUGAGUUUGUGCACAUGCAUGUGUGUGCUCAUGAACAUACAUUGUUUUUACAAAAAUAAUGGCUUCUAGUUAAUUACAAAAGUUUACAAAAUCUUAAUUCUGUAAUGUUAUAACACCUGGGUGUCCAUUUUGUAUUCUUUCAACUGAUAACUGAGAUAAAUAUUCAUUAUUCAUUAUUUAAAUCAGAGAAAAAUAAAUAACCUGAUGAAACAGUUUCACCCUUUGGAUUUUAACAACUCACACAGCUGAAUUUUAAUAUUUAAGACUUUGUAGAAUGAAAGAAUUGAUAGUGUGUAUGUGUAGAAUGCAUGUGCAUGUGUGUGUGCAUGCAUAUUCAUAAUGAAAUUUUAAUGUAGUCUCUGGCAAUAUAUAAGGCUCUAACAUUUACUGUUUGAAAAUUAUAUAACACAUUCAUGAAUUUGAAAACUUAUUUAACAUAAUAAUGAAGAAAAGUGUUUAAAAACAUCCAUCAGAACCUUUAGAUUUCUGAUUGAAGCAGAGUAAUAUUUAAUAGGUCAUUUACAUAUUUCCUAUACAAAUCAUGUCAAAAAUACAGUUAAAAUUCUGGUAGAGCUGAAAACCCAGACUAAACACUUUCAUAUUCAAUUAAUCACUCCCAAAUUAACAUUGCUCCCAUUAUCAUUACCUUUGCACCAAUAAAAUAUGAAUGCCUAAAAGAAUGACAACAUUUGGGAUAACUCUGCUUAGGCUUCUAAUAUUCCCAGGGUUUUUUUUUUUUUUUUUUUUUACAAUUCUAAACAUAAUAUACAUUUGAGUAAAGAACAUUAAUGUUUCCUACUGAAUAUGCCAGCAACAUGAAACAUUGACUACAUUUCCAUUCUUCAUUAUUCACUUAUCCUUUAAAUUUCAUUCCAUUAACUUAUUUGCUUCAUAAUUUUAUAAGUAUUUAAAAAAAAAAUAAGAAAAAUAAUCAAAAUAAAAUAUUUAAGGAUCAAAUUUCAUUGUAUAUAUUCAUGCAACCAAUCUUCAACUGAAAAUUUUACAGUUUAGCUGGUGUUUAAACAAACAAAUCAAAUUGAAACAGGAAAAGAUAGAAAUGUCUUGUUUCCUUCUUGUUUUCUUGUUGCAUCUCUACAUCAUUUCCUUUUACAUUCUCUUUAAUAUACAUUAUCGCAUAUACACUUCUCCGGUCUCUUUUAGUUCAUGUUAGAUUUUGGAGAUUGAUUCAGUUAAUUUAUUCACUCAUUUUACCAUUAAUUUUUUCAUCCAUCUUGUGUCAUCUGAUUAUUUCUCCAAAGUCAUUAUUAAAAUUUCUUUGAAGACCCCCGCCCCCACCUCCACCAUCACCACCACAAAUUAGAAACUUGACAUCCACUUUUCUGCCUAACAUUGGCUUUUAUCGGUGCUGAAAGUUACUAAUAUCAAAUUCUAGUCAUAAUAAUCUAAACGGUAAUACUAAUGAGGAGAACAAUGAUGACAAAAAACAUUUUAAUAUUUACUUUCCUUCAUAGUGUUUAUUGAUUUAAUCCAAAUGUCUCUUGAUCAAAUGUAGUGUCGACGUACUUUCUCUUAUGCACAAGCUUUAUGUAAAUAUGUUUAUUGUUAAUGUUACCUUUCAAAAUAAGUUAAUCAAGAUAUGCAGAAUAUCAAUAAGUUGCUGCUUCUACACAGAGUUGAUGCUCUCUUAAAAGAUAAACUAUAUUUGGGCAUAGUAGAGACAAAAUUUACUUCAUAAGAUUCAAAAACAGAUCUAACUUUGUAAACUAAGUGAGAUUAGUUUUUGUUUAAUUAUCAUACUAAGUAAAAUACUUAUAUUGGCUUCUCUUUUGUUAAUUUAAAAGAAGCUUUAAAAAAAAGUUCUGAAUUUCUAACAGAUACCAUUAAUUUUUUUUAUAAUUAGCAAAAUGAUUAAUUUUACAAUCUGUAAUUGUAGAGCAUUAUGGUUAAUCUAUAUAAGUUGAAAGGAAAUAAUAAUUUUCAGUACUUUACGGAAGUCUGCUUACUUUUGUUUUAUAUGAAAUCAGUAUACGUGUUUAUUGUUAUGUAUAGGAUACUGAAUCUAAUAGUUUUGAAUAAUAAUGAUAAUAAAACUUAUCAAGCAUCAUGUAUUAAAAUUCACUUUUUCAUCUGUUAGUCUGAUAGAAUUUUGUUUCUGUGAUUAGAGUUGGACUAUAAAAAGAAAAACCGUUAAUAUAUCUUAUUUCAAUUAUUUUACUCUUUAGUCAUCAUUAGGGCCUGGUGCAAUAACCCUCUUUUAUAAGAAUUUAUAUCUAUUAUUUUAUUUUUUAUCAUCUUGUUCAGUGAAUUUCAAUUUUUUAUUGUUUUUGUUUCUUUUUUAGUGAUCUGCGUCUUAAAGAUUUUUAUAUCAAAUUCUUCACAAUUUUUUUUACGGAAACCAUAACAGCCAGAAUUCAUAAUAUACCAUCAUAAUUAGUGAUAUGUUUAAUGCACUAUUCUUACCAUUUAAUCAAACAGCCGAUUUAAUUUAGGGUUUUUAUUCAUCACCCUAAUAUUCACAAUUUUUGUUAAAAUGAGAUUUAAAGCUACAAUUGCUUAUUAACCAUACUUUGAGGCCUCACUUCCUCACUACAAAAUAAAGUCGUUGUUAUUGAAAUAAACUAUAAUUGUUCAUUUUUUAUUGUAAUUUCCUCAGUUCCCUUCUGUAGAUAUUGAGGAAAACAAACUUAGAUAUUUGUUUACUAGUUCUUUACAAUUACAUUAUGGUUGCCUUUACUUUCUUGCCAAAUUUAAUAAAAAAAAAAAUGAAAUAAAAUAAUUUAUAACCCUAAAUCAUUUACAAAGAAUUUAGUUGGUGUGAUACUCUCUACAGUUUGCUAAAAUAAAUGACAAAAAUUUUUUUUAAUUAAUAGAAACUGUGAAAUCGAGCGCUUUCUUAGCUUGUUAGAUCCAAUAGAACAUUGGUUACAUUCAAUAUAACAAGCAACUUAUAUUUAAACAAGUAUUGCAACGAAGGAAUUAUAAAAUUGAAGGGCCUUUUUUCUUUUAAAAAAAUGUUCAUUUUGUUUUUGAUUCAAAAUAAAAAUACCCAGGUCUUCCUUUUUUUUUCUUAUGAAUGGUAAAACCUAUUGUUAUAGAGGUAAUCAUCAAAUGCACACACACACACACACACAUACAUGUUCAGUUAAGCAUCCAUAUGAACAUACACAGUACUUUUUCCUUUUAUACUUUAUUUAUUUUCAAUAAUUACUGGUUACAUAUUGGAUUGAGAAAUAAAAAUAAGCUAUUGGUUUUGAUUAUGUGCAAUUUUAAAACUAAAAUUUUAAGUAUUAUCAGUACUCUUAAGACAGAGCCAAAGUUUUUUUGUUUUUUUUUGUACAAAAUAUUAGUAACUUUUCAAAUUGAUUUCCAGUAAUAAUAUUUAGUAUUUUUAUUUGGCUUUACUUCAAAGUUUUUGUGUUUUGUUGGUAGUUUUGCUAUUUCCACAUAUGUGGUAUUUAAUUUCUACAUUGACUGCUAAAUAUGUGCAACUACAUGCACACACACACACAAACAUACACACAAGCAUGUAUAUGUAUAUAUAAACGUGUGUACAUAUAUAUAUGUUUGUGCGUGUAUACACACACACAUGUAUAUAUAUAUAUAU